GAAAAAGAAAACAGCGAGAAGCAGCGAGGACCGAGCCGGCCUGCAUCUCCCCCGCUCCCCCCGAGCCGUGGCACACGCACAAUCCCCUCCCCUCGAACCCCGCCUCGCUCGCUUCCGUCGACAGGUGGGUGGAGGGAAAGGGAGGCGGCCGGCGAUAGGGGAAGAAGCAGACCGGCCCUGAUCGGCUCGCCCUCCUCCGCGCUCCGACAUCCGCGUCUCGCAGCAGACAACAAUGGAGGCACUCAAGGAGAAGCGGGCAUGGCCGUGGGCUCCAUGCGGCUCGAGCUCCGCGAUGAGGCCGGCGCCAGGGUCGCUGACCUCGGUCGCGACGCCGCACCCCUCGCCGCCUACUCCCCCUACGUUGGGUACCGGCUGCACGUCAUCGACCUCGACCCCUCGUCGGUGACCUCCGGCGGGUGGCUGGAGGACACCUCAUUCGUUGAUAAGUACACCAUGUCGGACGAUGCAUACGACGAGCUCGGCACAAACAUCCGGAAGUUCAAAGAGAAGAUGGUGUCGAAAAACCUUGUAUCGGAUGAUAAGCAAUCAGACAAUCAGAUGGAGGAAUUGUGUGCUAACAUCAAGGGUUUGGGUGUCCAUCAGAUUCUUGCGAGGACAGCAACAGCGGCCAGCGUUUGUAUUUGCAGAGUUCAUGAACGCCGCACGUGCUUCUGCCUGGAUCUCUUCAGUGGGGUUUCCAGCGCAGCGGCGGCAUGAUGACCAAGUUGAACAGCCUCAUAUCACACUGCAUCAGAAAUUGAUUGCCCAAAUUUCUUGACUUAUUUCUGCAAUUGGGGUAACUUUUUUCUUCAAAUCCUUGCCGAAGGUAGCCGCGUAAUAUGGUCGCCGGAUGGAAGUAGAAGUUCGCAGUUACAAAAGUAAAGUAUGUUUUGGGCACCACUGUUGUUUCUUGCUUCACUAUGUUGUUCCAGGCGGUUCUUGAUGGACAAGCCCGAGCCUCCUCCAGAAAGGUUGUCUUCCUGACGCCACCCAAGGAUCUGACCACCUCAGUUAGGUGUUCUCCAUCCACAUAGGAUUGAGUGACAAGGACAUUGAUGCUCUUUCUGGUGGUCACACCCUGGUGUGCAUGUCUUAUGUAUGGCGCCAAGUUUGUAUGCUUACUGCCGCUACAAAGAAUGCUGACAAAGCUUCCAGAAUAAUGCUAUAUUAUGCUGCGAGAAGCACAAGUUCCUCUCUUAUCCUGUCUGUUAUCCAUUUCUUUUGCUCGAGGAGCCAACCAUGCUGACAAAACGCUAGAAGGCAUGAAUCUGAAUUUCUUACUUCUGUAUACAUACAGAAAACUACAUUAUUCAUGACAUCAUUACAUUUCUUUGUUGCACAUUGAACUAUUAAUGGCACCUUCUUCUUUGAGUAUAAAUUAUAUUAAGGAAGUUCUAAGUACUAAAUUGGAAAUACUUUCUUUGUGUACUUGCUCUAGACGGGCUCUCUUGUAUUGAUGUUUUUCCAAUAUAGAGUUCCAUUCAAUGUUGAUCUCCUACGAGGAGCAUGCUAUUUGAACUGAAACGGUGAAACCACAAGUCGACAUAAUCUAAUUUUAGUUAAAUGACAAAGAGGACAUUUUCUACCAUGUACGGGUGAUGCACGUGUUUCCAAUGUAGGGUCUAAUUUAAUUUAGUCCUUUUGAUCACCCAUGCUAAAUAUUGAAUGAGUCAACUAGGAGGAGUUUAAGCCAAGCUAAACUGAAAUCAUAAUUAAACAUAAGCUCUUUUCAGUUAAAUGGCACAGAGGGCCCUCUUCUACCAUGUAAAUUAAAUUGCAUAUUUACGCAUGUUAUACCUUGUUUGCAAUUUCUGUUUACUGAACUAUAUCCAUGAGACUAAUCAAAAGAGUAUUUACUAUUUUUGCACCAAUUAUUAUUUUUGUUACAUAACCACGUGCUGAUAGCGCAAAAGCGGACUGAGUUAGCUUAUUUACGUACCGUGAUCACCGCUGGAGCCACUCAGGCUUGCAAACAGUGAUCUACACGCCAAUUGUCGCAUCAUGCUAGGAACCAACAAGAGAGCCACCGUAACAACCAACUGGUCUGAGUUCCGCCGCCUUGCAAAAAUCCAUGAAGGAGACAUGUGUGCCUUUCGUUUCAAGGUCAGCACAAAGCAGCACCCGGUUCUUAUCGUCCAUUGCCUUUAUAUGAAGCAUCGAUAGCAAUGGAAGUCGUAUUUAAAUAUCAUCUAGCAUUCUAAGGACUACUAAUCAAGCUCUGUAAUAGGAGGAAACCUUCCUCUGUUUUUCGACGAUCCUAUCUGUUGCUUUUGAACAGCUACCACCUAUGCUUUUACCUAUAUAACCUCUGUUGUUGUUCCU